AUGGCCGGCGCUCCAGGCGGUCCCCUGGCUCCUCACGACCUCCUUCCUGAAAAGGAGCUAUCGUCUAGACGGCGUCAACUGGAGCCGCUCUACAACGUCCCUCCGGAUGUCCAGGAGGGAAGAGUCCUGACCGAAGACCCACGCGUUGAGGACCAGCAGCCGCGCACCGUGGCCAUGGCACCGUCGGGCGACGAUGCUCGUGACAGACCCUUGAAUUUGGCUGCAAUAUACAUCGCCCGGAGCAAUGCGGCGCACAUCUUGGCCCUGUUCGACUCGCCGGGGACAGAGCAAUACGUGUGGAGCGAGUGCAUUCGCCACUACUACACGUACUGCACUCCCCCGGUGGUCAUGUUCAACUACGACACGAAACAGAGUGCGUGCGUUCCAACAACAGCGGCCAGCUAUGCAACCACGGCGCUAACCUAUUCGGUAGCAAGAAACCAUGACUGGGGAACUGCCUGCAGCCCGACCGUGUCUACGGCAUGUUCUUUGGGAAUGCCCUCUUGCAGCCCUACACCGGGCGAGACCUCGCCCCCAACAUGUGGUCCUUCGAAUGGAGCAUGUGACAGCCGCGUCUCGUUUCUCGCUGAGAACAGCCCAUGGACCCAUCGUGGAGUCUGCAAGUCGUACCACGAAUUUGGAAUGAGUCGAGUCUGGCCACGGUUGUCGAAACAAAGUGGGCCAGAGUGUACUGGAAGACGAAGCCGCCCCGCCUCAAGCACCUCCCACAUCCCUUCUUUUUGGUUUCCCAGGCGGAAGGCAGCGCGAGGUGUGUCAACGCCUCUGCCGUGACACUGUUCGCCGGCGCUGCCUCAUAGGAUGCACCCCGUCCCGCCCACUGGUGGCCAGCGUAGAGCCCAAUCCCGUACUUAGCCCGGUAUAUUCGGGCUAUGUUAUGUUUAGUUCAUGACGGUAUUUUCGCCACGCGUCAAUAAAAAGGCAGUGG